GAUCUUGGGGGCGUGUGCGGCGUGGAGGGGUCAGCCUUGAGAGGUCGUUCCACGAGCACCGCUCCUCCACUCUCACGACUUCAUUGGGAUUAUAUCAUCCGAUUCACAAUGCUGUACGUUGACACCGGACCGUGCAUUUUGGCCAUCGCCUUCUUCAGCGGUGUCUCGCUCGCUUUCACGCCUGUCAACCUGGCCGACGUGCCCUGUGGACUUCGGGGCGCCACCUCCAGGAUCGUCGGCGGCGAAAAGGCAAAACCCGGCGAGUUCCCGUGGCUCGUGUCGAUCAAGAGGCGCGGCGGGCACUUCUGUGGCGGCACCCUCAUCAAUAAGCGAUGGGUCCUCACCGCCGCCCACUGUCUCUGCAGUGGCACCGUGAAACUUCCUUUAAACUACAUCAGAGUGGCUGUCGGCGAGCACGACCUGACGCAGCCUGAGACGCCGCAGUCGAUCGAGUACUCGGUGGACACAUCAGAGCUGCACCCCGAGUUCCAAUGUCAGCGUUACGUGCAUGAUGUAGCUCUAUUGCGUCUGACUGAGGACGUGCAGUGGGCGCCGAGGUCCGUCUGGCCGGCCUGUUUGCCGGCCAGCAGCGGUCGCCUGGCGGACGACCUGAGCGGCGCCAAGGCCGUGGCCGCAGGCUGGGGCUGGCUCAGCGAAGACUCAUCCAAGGGUGGUAGAGCCAACAUCUUACACAAGGUCGAGCUGGAGAUUUUGGAGAAUAAACAGUGUCUCGAGUGGUACCAGUCGCAGGGCAAGAAGGUCAAGAUUUUGCCAUCGCAAAUGUGUGCUGGAUACGAGAAUGGAGGCAGGGACACUUGCAGGGCUGAUAGUGGCGGUCCCCUGAUGAUUGGUGACAGCGAGAGGAUCACCGUGGUAGGAGUUGUGUCGGCGGGCAUCGGUUGCGCCCUCGCCAAGCUGCCUGGACUGUACACCAGGGUGGCCAAAUACCUUGACUGGAUUGAGAGCCACGUUGCCAGAACUGAUGCCAAAAGGAGGUUCUGAGCCUCCUCAAAAAUUUUUAGAGACUAAAUUCACACCUUUGAGAGUGACUGAUUGAUUUGAGGUUCCUAGCUGGUCUAGUCACCUUCUGUAAAAUGAAGAGUAUUUUACGUACCGAAAUGUAUUUUCAUAAUUUAUAUAUUGUGUGUGUGUUGUUCAAAUUGAAUAUAGUUUCGUUAAAGAAAUUUCAAAUUUGCCCGCAUGAUCGGCACGACGAGAUCCAAAAAGUGGGUCAUUUCGAGUGUACAUAAUGCUUAAUUGCGGUUCAGCAAUUACCAACUCACUGUGAAGUGCAAUUAUUAUGCAUAUUUGUUUGAAAGCGAGCGUUCUCCAUUCGCCUGGGGAGCCAUAGUCAUUUUUUGUACCUAAAAUAAAAUAUAAUCAG